CUUCAAAAUUUUAAGAUGACAAACUGGUUACAUUGUAUAGGUAGCUUAAGUGGCAACAGUGUUCCAAGAAAGGAAGAAAAGAAGGAUGCUCUCCCAAUUCACGGGAUGGCAAAUUCGUCUUCUAUGAAGAAUCGUUACACCAUAAUCACCUUCAUCUUCCUUGUUUUCUUCCUCCUCACCAUUUUCCUUUUCACCAAACGAGCUCUCGAGCCUUCUCUUUCCCUCUACAGAGAUUUCUUUCCACAAACCAAGCUUCACUUUUCCUCUUCUGAAUCUGAUGCCAUCAACGAUUCCUUACUCGCUCUCCGACCUGUAUCUCCGUUUUCUCAAACCCAAUCCAUAGAUCCCAACCCCGUUUCUGGGGAUGUCCCUUUUGGAGAAGAGAAGCAACAGGAAGAGACAUUUCUUGACUCUGAGGCAUGGACUCACCAACCCGUUUCUGCAUUUUCCCCAAACAGAAGCAUAGAGUCAAGUAAUGGGGAAACCACCAUUGAUUAUAAGAAAGAACCCAUUUCGUAUUCUCGUCCUGUGGCGGCUCUGAGUGAUAAUGGUGGUGAUAAAUUGAUUGAGAAUGCUAAGAACUGUAAUUUGUACAUGGGAACCUGGGUAAAAGACGAGGAGCAUUACCCAAUAUACAAGCCAAGUUCUUGUCCUUAUGUUGAUGAGGCUUUUGAUUGCCAAAGCAAUGGAAGGAGAGAUUCUGAUUAUCUUAAAUGGAGAUGGAAGCCUGAUACUUGUGAUCUUCCCAGGUUUAAUUCAACAGACUUCUUGACAAGAUUGAGAGGUAAGAGGCUGAUGCUGGUUGGAGAUUCCAUGAACAGGAAUCAGUUUGAAUCAAUUUUAUGUAUUCUACGAGAAGGCCUUCCUGAUAAAGAAAGAAUGCAUGAAAUCCAUGGCCACAAAAUAACAAAGGGAAGAGGCUACUAUGUCUUCAAAUUUAUGGAUUUUAACUGCACAGUGGAAUUUGUGAGAUCGCAUUUCCUUGUAAGGGAAGGGGUACGCAUCAAUGCACAGGGAAAUUCAAAUCCAACUUUAUCUAUUGAUCGAAUUGACAAGACAUCAGGGCGGUGGAAGCGGGCUGACAUUCUUGUUUUUAAUACUGGGCACUGGUGGACUCAUGGAAAAACUGCUCGUGGGAAAAAUUACUAUAAAGAAGGUGAUUAUCUCUAUCCAAAGUUUGAUGCAGUUGAAGCUUAUAGAAGGGCUCUAAGGACAUGGGCAAAGUGGAUUGAUGAUAAUAUAAAUCCUGCAAAGCAGUUGGUCUUCUACCGAGGAUAUUCAUCUGCUCAUUUCAGGGGUGGAGAUUGGGACUCAGGAGGAUCAUGUAAUGGGGAGACUGAACCAAUAUUGAGUGGGACAAUGCUCAAUAACUAUCCUUUGAAAAUGAAGAUAGUGGAGGAGGUAAUCCGGGAAAUGAAGAUCCCUGUGAAACUGCUAAACGUCACAAGGUUGACCAACUUCAGAAAAGAUGGACAUCCAUCAGUAUUUGGCAAGAAUGCAACUGCAGGUAAAAAAGUUUCCACAAGACGGCAAGAUUGUAGCCAUUGGUGUCUUCCAGGAGUCCCUGAUGCAUGGAACGAGCUGAUAUAUGCGAAUCUUGUUUUUGGACAAACAGUUUCCAAGAGUUAAUCAACAAUCUGCCUUUUCCUUCCAUGCGGCAUAAAAAGUUUUGGUGAGAUGUGAAGAAUAUGCGCUUCCCUAUUACAAUAGAAACGACAGUUGCACCAUUUUUUCAACAAUCAGAAUGAUGUGAUGCAGCAUGUACAUAUAUUAACCUAUUUAUGCACCCGCAUGCAUACACGCGUGCAAGUGCAGGCAUUCGCAUGAAUGCACAUUCUGGAGGAAGCAUGAUUAGCUGAUGGUCCUUGUGAUGGUAGCAGCUUUAAUCUUCUGUUCCACAUUGGUACUUUUCUUCAUAGCCCUUCAAGCGAACAACUCAAAAGCCACCAAGGUCCGUAUGAUAUUCACUGUCUUCUUAUGGUUUCAAAUGUUUGGCAAUCUGGAAUGUUUAAACCCUUUUGCUACAAAGAUAGCAAGUGAGAGGAAAUAUUAAAGCUUUUGCAAAUGUUCUCAUUGUUAUUAUCCUUCUAUAAAUUAAGCAUUGGAUGCUACAUUUUACUCAAAA